ACUGUAUGAAAUAACAUCAACAUUUCAUAAAUAGUUAUAGUCAUCGUUUUAACUUGUACUUGUGUUGUAUUUCUAAAAUAAAAUGAAACCAGGAUGGUGCGGCUUGCCUGUUGAUUACUACUGGAGGGAAUAUACAGGUUCCAUACCGAGAGACGCUGUUGAGGGUGGUCGCGGUCCAAAUAAUUGUUUAACGUACAUUGGCCAAGUUUCUGUUAGAGAACACGGAAUUAUUCCCGUCACAAUAUAUCCAGGGAAUACAUCUGUAGUAGCAGCUGUAUAUGGAGUACAUCAUGUCAAUCUUUAUAUAAAGAUCUUAUGCAGCUCUACAAGGGAAAGUCUACGAUGGAUUCAAGCAGAUUCGGCAAAUUUCCACGUACAAACGGCCAACCUACAUUUGGUGCGAGGUGGUGUGGAGGGUGAUUUACUGAGCUACAUUGGCAGAAUAAGGUUUCAAGGUGAGACGAUAGUCGCCAAAGUUCGUCAGCAUGGUGUCGGAAAUGUAAGACUCUAUUUUCCUGUGGGAGAAGAAGAAAAAAGUGCUGAUUCCUUUGAGAUUUUGGUAUAUAAUCGUUAAUACUAUUGAUUAAUAUCUUGGUUUUAUAGUUACAAGUUGUAGUAUGAUUAUAAGUUGUUUCAUUUUAUUUAAAAAUAGUUUUUGUUAACAAUAUCUCAAAAAGGUAAUGAGUGGACAUAUUUCAAAUGUUAAUUCAUUCACCUUACUUUUUAGAUUUACCAAUCUUUAACAGCUUUGCUGAUAUUGAAUAUAUAUUCUCAAUAAAUUUAAUAAUAAAAAUAAAAUGUUUUACUUAACACCCAGAUUUCGAUGCAAGCUAAGCCACUUAUUUUCCAAGAUUUUGAAUCAUUUCGAUAUGUAGGUAGAGGUGUGGAAGAUAACAAAUUUAACAAACAAUAUUGGGAACAUUUACUAAUAAAAC